UAGCAAACAAAGCGCUCAUCAGCAGAUCACCGGUUCUGUCCUCUGGUUGUGUGCUCAUCUGGAUUACUGGGAGAAAAUGAUUAUGGAAAUAGUUUUUCUUGUUUGGUUUAUGUAUUUAUUAGCAGUUGCCCACCUCCUUGUCUUUUUAUCUGCCCUGUGUACUCCUCUGGUAAAAAUGCAUUUUACAUGCGAAUGACGAUAAUCAACCUUUGCAAAUCCAUUUGACUCAGUUUUAAAGGAGCAGAACUGGAUUGACUGAAGAAAGAGGAAGAGGAUUCUUGACAAAUUCACGAUAUGUGGUUCUUGAUAUGUUGGGUUUUUUCCUAUGUUUUUUUUUGAAGAAAAGUAAUAUGGGGCGGGGAGUAAAUGGAAAACUACAUACCUUGCUUUCUGUGGUGGGGUUUAAAGAGAUUACAGUAAUUUUACUAAGAAUAUUCAUGUUUGAUUAACCAAUUCUUUAAUUGAUUGAGAACUUGUAUUGCUUCUGAAAGCAAUUCCACUUAUGAGCUUACUUCAUUACUAGUACUUUUUACAAAUUAACAUUAGUUUUAAUAUAGUGUGAUGUACUUAAAUUGUUUUCUUUAUAUGGUAAAUUUCUUUGAAAACUGCAUGUAAUAAGCCAUUAACAUGGAGGAAUAGAGUAGUACAUUAACAAAAUGAAUGCUUGACAAGCAUGAUUUUUUAAAUGUACGUUGUUUUUUCUUUUCAUGUGAUUGUAAAAUUAAAAGUGCUUUUAAUGUAAUUCAGUUUCAACAAAUGGUGCUUUUAACCAAUUGAAAAAUAAUCACUUUUUCUUUCUAUUAAGCAAUUUAAAUAUUUUUACCAAGCAACUAGAUUAUUAGCUUAAUAUGCAUCAGUUAUUUUGACUAACACGGGGCGGGGGGAAAGCUGUGUAUUUCUUACUUAAAAUAUUCAGUCUGUUGUAACCAAAAAAACCCUUAAAGUUUAUGCAGCAAAUAAUAUUGCAUUAACUUCAUAGUAUAAAAACUAUAAUUUUGUCUUGCUAGCACAAGAUUGCAUAAAAAAGAGUGAUGCAGAGGGAGUGGGGAGGUAAGUCAGAACAGCUGAAAACUAAACACGGUGUCUGUUUAAGCUGUUCUUUCCUCCAGGACAAUUUUUUUGAGAGGGUGGCUGGAGAGUUAGAGGCAACAAUAUGUAUGGAAAUGCAGGUUGCUGCAGCCUUGGUUUACCUCCUGACCACCUCGAGGUGGCCCAUCUCAGAUCAGCAGCAGAAGUGCUUUACCUUGCUUGCCUUUGGGUAGAUGCACAACCCUUUGUGUGCCUGCCUCCUGCCUUUCCUCACACCUUUUACCUCUUCACCACGGAAAUCGCUCUCUCCUGAAGAGCAUCGUCACCUUCAGCCAGCGGGAAAGGGGAUGUCCUCUCAAAGCUGGGAGAGAAAACUGGACAGGUCCUGAAGGAUGAGCUUGUCUCACCGUGACCGUGAAAGCUGGUGGGGGGCAGCGCAACCCUUCUGUGCGUGCCAUCUUCAGCAUUUGUCAGUUGAGGUUUCGAAGCUGUGAUGGAAACAAAAAAAUACACUUUGGAAGCAGUGAGCCAGAAGAUUUCAGAGUAGGCGAGGAUGGUGUGGUCUAUGCAGAGAGAAGCUUUCAACUUUCAGCAGAGCCCACAGAGUUUGUCGUGUCUGCUCAAGACAAGGAAACCCAAGAAGAAUGGCAAAUGAAAGUGAAGCUAACCCCUGAACCAGCCUUUGCAGGGGCUUCGGAAAAGAAAAUUGAAGACAUCGUAUUUCCAUGGCAACAAUACAAGCACAGCAGCCCUCUUAAGAGACAGAAGAGAGACUGGGUUAUUCCUCCAAUCAACCUACCAGAAAAUUCCAGAGGACCUUUUCCUCAGGAAUUAGUUAGGAUUAGGUCUGAUCGUGAUAAAAGCCUCUCGCUGCGGUACAGUGUGACUGGCCCAGGAGCUGACCAACCUCCAACAGGCAUCUUCAUCAUCAACCCCAUCUCAGGACAGCUGUCUGUGACAAAGCCUUUAGACCGGGAGCAGAUUGCUUCUUUUCAUCUGAGAGCGCAUGCAGUGGAUGUAAACGGAAACCAGGUGGAAAAUCCUAUUGAUAUUGUUAUUAAUGUCAUUGAUAUGAAUGACAAUAGACCCGAAUUCUUACACCAGGUUUGGAAUGGGACAGUCCCCGAAGGAUCAAAGCCAGGAACCUACGUGAUGACGGUUACUGCCAUCGAUGCUGAUGAUCCCAAUGCACAGAAUGGGAUGCUGAGAUACAGAAUCUUGUCACAGGCCCCGAGCAGCCCCUCUCCAAACAUGUUUACAAUCAACAACGAGACUGGUGACAUUAUCACCGUAGCAGCUGGGCUUGACAGAGAGAAAGUCCAACAAUAUACAUUAAUAAUUCAAGCUACGGACAUGGAAGGAAACCCAACAUAUGGUCUUUCAAACACAGCAACUGCUGUCAUCACCGUGACAGAUGUCAAUGACAAUCCUCCAGAGUUCACUGCCAUGACUUUCUACGGGGAGGUGCCGGAAAACAGGGUGGAUGUGAUCGUAGCGAAUCUGACGGUAACGGAUAAAGAUCAGCCCCACACGCCUGCGUGGAACGCCGUGUACCGAAUGACCGGAGGAGACCCCACAGGUCGAUUCACCAUCCUGACCGAUCCCAACAGCAACGAUGGGCUGGUGACGGUUCUGAAGCCAAUUGACUUCGAGACCAACAGGAUGUUCAUACUUACUGUAGCUGCAGAAAAUCAAGUGCCUUUGGCGAAGGGGAUUCAGCAUCCUCCCCAGUCAACAGCAACCGUGUCCAUUACGGUCAUUGAUGUGAACGAGAGCCCCUAUUUUGUUCCAAACCCUAAGCUUAUACGUCAAGAAGAAGGGCUGGUCGCUGGUAGCACGCUGACGACUUUCACUGCUCAAGACCCAGAUCGUUACAUGCAACAAACCUCUCUAAGGUACUCAAAACUUUCAGAUCCUGCAAACUGGCUGAAAAUUGACCCUAUUAAUGGACAAAUAACUACUACAGCUGUUUUGGACAGAGAGUCAAUAUAUGUGCAAAACAAUAUGUAUAAUGCAACGUUUCUUGCUUCUGAUAAUGGAAUUCCCCCGAUGAGCGGAACUGGCACUCUUCAGAUAUACCUGCUGGACAUCAAUGAUAAUGCCCCCCAGGUGAAUCCGAAAGAAGCCACGACCUGUGAAACACUGCAGCCCAACGCCAUUAACAUCACUGCUGUGGACCCUGACAUAGAUCCCAACGCGGGCCCCUUUGCCUUCGAGCUGCCUGACACACCUGCCAGUAUUAAGAGAAACUGGACCAUUGUUCGAAUUAGCGGCGAUCACGCCCAGCUGUCUUUAAGGAUCAGGUUCCUGGAGGCUGGUAUCUACGAUGUGCCCAUAGUAAUUACGGAUUCUGGAAAUCCACAUGCCUCCAGCACUUCUGUGCUGAAAGUGAAAGUUUGCCAAUGUGACAUAAACGGAGACUGCACUGACGUUGACCGGAUCGUUGGUGCGGGGCUGGGCACUGGUGCCAUCAUUGCAAUUCUGCUUUGUAUCAUCAUCUUGCUCAUUUUAGUUUUAAUGUUCGUGGUGUGGAUGAAACGCCGUGAUAAAGAGCGUCAGGCAAAGCAGCUCUUGAUUGAUCCAGAAGAUGAUGUGAGGGACAACAUUCUGAAAUACGAUGAAGAAGGUGGUGGAGAAGAAGAUCAGGAUUAUGACUUGAGCCAGCUCCAGCAGCCUGACACUGUGGAACCAGAUGCCAUCAAACCUGUUGGAAUCAGACGUCUUGAUGAAAGGCCAAUCCAUGCAGAACCUCAGUAUCCAGUCAGAUCAGCUGCUCCUCAUCCUGGGGACAUUGGGGACUUCAUUAAUGAGGGACUUAAAGCAGCCGACAACGACCCCACAGCCCCACCAUAUGACUCCCUCUUAGUCUUUGACUAUGAAGGAAGUGGCUCCACUGCUGGAUCCUUGAGCUCUCUUAACUCCUCAAGUAGCGGUGGUGAGCAAGACUAUGACUACCUAAAUGACUGGGGCCCACGUUUCAAGAAACUUGCUGAUAUGUACGGUGGAGGUGAUGACUGAACUUCGAAGUGAACUUUGUUUUUGGACAAGUACAAACAUUUCAACUGAUAUUCCCCAAAAGCAUACAGAAGCUAGGCUUUAACUUUGUAGUCUACUAGCACAAGUGCUUGCUGAAGGCUUUGGCUUAGGCUGCAAACCAAUUUGGGCUCCGUGGAAUAUCAGUGAUCCAAUGCUGUUUGGAAAAAAAUAUUGAGCUCAGUUACACUUGAAUUUUACAGUACAGAAGCACUGGGAUUUUAUGUGCCUUUUUGUACCUUUUUCAGAUCGGAAUUAGUUUUAUGUUUAAGGCUUUAAUGGUACUGAUUUAUGAAAUGAUGCAUUAAAGAGACAAAAUAUGUUGGGGUGGGGAGGAGUAAGGUGAAACACAAUAUGCUUCAACAUGCUUUUGUUACAUCGCAUUGCUUUUAUUAAAAUAAGGAGAUUAAAAAAAAUAAACAAAAAAUCCCUCAUGGAACAAUUUUAUUAUCUGGGAGAGAAGACCAUGAGGUGGAACAGUGUACAUUACUUCUAGUUUUAGAUGUUAGGGGAUUUUUUUCACUAAAAUUCUAAAACUUAUGCAGCUGGUUGCAAAUAAAGGGAGUUUUCAUAUCACCAGUUUGUAGCAGAAUUGAUUUUUUUUUUCUUAUGCUAGAAUGUUAGACACAUUUUGGUCUUAAUUCAUGUACACUUUUCUUUUUUCUUUUUUUUUAAUUUCUAGUAUUUUUUUCCCACUUCACUGUAAAAAAAUGGUAUGUGUACAUAAUGUUUUAUUGGCAUAGUCUGUGGAGAAGUGCAGAAACUUCAGAACACGUGUAUGUAUUAUUUGGACUAUGGAUUCAGGUUUUUGCAUGUUUAUAUCUUUCGUUAUGGAUAAAGUAUUUACAAAACAGGUUGCAAACAAGUGACAUUGAUUCAAUUGUUGAACUGUAGUUAGAGUACUCAAUAUUUUUUUUAUUUUUAUUUUUAUUAUUUUUUUUUUGUUUGGGGAGGGAGAAAAGUUCUUAGCACAAAAGUUUUACAUAAUUUGUACCAAAAAAAAGGGGGGGGGAGGGGAGUUCGCCUGAUACUGGUGGCACGAGUAAAUAUACGGUAUGUUUUGGGGGUGGGGAGGGAAGGGGGAAGGAGCUUUCAAACUGGAGAGACUUCUGAGAACAGCUUUGCCUCUGUAUUGUGUACCAGAAUAUGAAUGAUACACCUCUGACCCCAACGUUCUGAAUAAAAUGCUAAUUUUGGA